AUGCCCAACCCGCCCGUCUCCGCCGGCGCCCGCCUCUUCGCCCUCCUCCCGCACGACGCCGUCGACCGCCUCAGCCGCCUCCCGGACGCGCUCCUCGGCGACAUCGUCUCCCGCCUCCCCGCCAAGGACGCCGCGCGCACAGCCGCGCUCUCCCGCCGCUGGCGCCGGGUAUGGCGCUCCACCCCGCUCAUCCUCGCCGACGCCGACCUCUGCCCCGCCACCUCCGCCGUGUCCCGCGUCCUCGCCGACCAUCCGGGCCCCUUCCGCUGCGUCCACAUCACCAGCUGCGAAAUGGACGACUUCCAUGGCGCCCUGCUCGCUGGCUGGCUGCAGAUCCUCGCCGCCAAGGCCAUCCAGGAGCUCGUCCUCUUCAACCGCCGGUGGCCGCUCGACCUCCUUCUCCCCUCCACCGUCUUAGGCAUGACCACCCUCACCCGCCUCCACCUCGGCCUCUGGAAGUUCCCCGCCACCGCCGGCGUCCCGCGCGCCACCUGCUUCCCUAACCUCCGUCAGCUCGGCCUCUGCAACGUCCUCAUGGAGAACAGGGAUUUGGACUUCGUCCUCGACAGGAGCCCCGUGCUGGAGACGCUCUGCCUCGAAGGGAACCUCUUCCAGCUCCGCCUCCGCCUUGUCAGCCAGAGCCUCCGCUGCGUGCAGAUCAUCGGCUCCUUUGAAGAAAUCUUCGUGGUCAACGCUCCGCGCCUUGAGCGGCUCAUCCAUUCGUGUUGUUGUACCCCUAAUGGCAGUUGCUGCAAGGUCAAGAUUGGCCAUGCCCCCAAGCUGGAGCUGUUGGGAUACUUGGAGCUGGACCCAGCAAAUCACGUGCUAAUGGUCGGCAGCACCAUCAUCAAGGCUGGGACAAGGGUGAGCCCCAGAACCAUGGUACCAAGUCUGAGAAUCCUGACUAUGGAGGUGCGAUUCGAUGUCCGCAAUGACGCCAAGAUGAUCCCCAGCGUCCUCAGAUGCUUUCCAAAUGUUGAGACGCUCCACAUCAAGUCUGGAAAAACGCAUCAAUCCACUGGGAAGCUCAACCUGAAAGUCUGGCACGAGUCUGGCACUAUAGAAUGCAUCCGGUCGCGCAUCAAGCGUCUUGUUUUCUGUGAUUUCCGAGGGGGACGAAGCGAGAACGCCUUCCUCAAAUUUUUCUUUGAGAGCGCAUUGGUGCUGGAGGAGGUGGUGAUUCAUUUGGAUGCUGGUUUCACUUCGAUGGAAGAGGUGCAGUCCAAAGUGGAGAGUCUGGGGUCCGUGAAACGGGCGAGUGAAGCCUUCUCUGUGCUGGUCACUGUCUGUUCUGAUCCUCAAGGAGAUUACGUUCGGAGCUUGAAGAGAGGUUCUGACUUUUCUAUCCGUGACCCUUUCGUAAGCUACUGAAGUCUUAGUGCCUAUGCUUUUGGUCAUGCCAAGUAAAAUUUCUCUGGAAGUUGUUAGUGAUCUGUUGCUCUGGUAUGUACUCCUACAUGCAAGACACUAUUUGAAAUUUGUUUUCAGUGUGUUGAAGAUUUGUGCCGUCUCUUGGUUCUGCUAGCAUGAUUACCUUAAGUCUCAAAGUUAACAGUACCAUGUUGAUC